GAGAAGAGUGAGUGGGAACAAGAGUUUCCUUCGCAAGCGGGUGGCCAUACGGUGUCUACCUGAACCCUCAUUCUUUUUCAUCCUAAAAUUUUUCCUUCUUUCGGACUUUGCAAUAGGACAAAACGCGUCGCAUUGAAAUCCAAAUCCCAUAACCCCCAGGUAUCCAUGGAUUCCUUCCAGCAACAUCACGGCUACAUGAGACCACCGCAACCGCCACCUCCUCCGCCGCAUGCGGCGGAUCCCCACCAUCACCCGCACCACUUUCACCAGAUACCGCCGCCGCCACCCCAAGCUCCCUGGUUGUCCUCCCAAUUCCAAUACCACCCUUCGCAGACCCCUUCCCCUCCGCCGCAGUGGCAGCAACCACCGCCGCCGCCUCCUCCUCCUCCUCCGUCGAACGCAUAUUCGUACCAUCCGAGCCCGUUCCCUCCUCCUCCGCCUCGCUCUCACGCGCCUCCUCAUCAGUUCACCCCUCACUCCCACAUUUCUCAGCCUUAUCCUCAGGAAUGGGGCAAUCCAAACUUGCCACCUAACCAGGGCUAUCCAGCUCAUAACAAUGAAGAAGAUUGGGCUGCGAAGGCCAGAGCUUGGGCAGCUAAAGCUGCCAUGGAAAGUCAGCAUCCACAAACACAUUUUUCACCAGCUGGAAGAUUGCACGAGCAAAAUCACUAUCAUGAUCAGUAUCAGCAAUCGAUUGACUCACAUUAUACUGAUGUUCAAAACCAAUCCCAUUCAACAUCAAGCUAUCAACAAUUUUCCUACUUAGAUACAUCUGCACAGCGAAUUUCAGGACAGUCCCAGGAUGCUGUACCCGUCAGUUUGGAGACAUCUUAUGCUCAAGAUGGACAUUCGUACAGUGCUAGAGAUGGGACCAGCAUCAGAGAUUCAAAUGUUUCAUUUGAACAAGGGAACAUGCCAGCAAAUCCAUCAGUUCAUCAGCAGGAGGUACCUUCUAGUUAUAGUUCUGUUGCAGGUAAAGAGGCUGCUGAUCAGAUUCAACAAUCAUACUCAGUCUUCCCUUUGUCAAGUUCAUCAUCUCAAGAACGUCAUGUGCAGCCAUCAAUGCAUGCACCACCUUUUGCAUCGGGCAGCCACUCAGUGGACUCGGCUAUCAGUCUUGCUGAUCAACCAUUAGAUUUUGCACCCAGGUUUAAUCGUGAUAAUGACUUGCAGAUGCAAUCAACUUAUAGUCAUCAUGAUUCAAGUACUUCAAUGAAUAACUGGGCAGCUCAAGUGGCCCCUGGUGUUGGUUAUCCACCAAUUCUUGCCUCUGGGCCACAGCUUGACCCUUCUAUCUCCACUCCUGGUCAUGUGGCACCACCAUUUGGAAGGUUUCCUGGACCUAGCCUCCCUUCAACUAUUCCACCAAGUGGUGCACCCUUUACCCUUAGCACUGGAACUACAAUUCAUCCUACGGCUGCUUUCUCUGCUGAUGCAUAUGGGGUAUCUAGUGUUUCUGAUCGUCCUAAGAAGGCUUCAGUUCCAAACUGGCUUAGAGAGGAAAUAAAGAAAACAGUCAUUGCUGCUCCUGCAGAGAAUCUGAAGGAGGAAGCAGCAUUUGUAAAUGAUGGCAUUGACAAGCCAUAUACGAGAGGUGAUGAGGCAGAUAGUAAAAGCAUCGAUUCAUCUAGAUCAGCUGAGGAUGAAGAAGAUGAAGAGGAUCAAGUUGAGGUAGCUAGAACUGCAGCAAUCAACCAAGAAAUAAAAAGAGUUCUGACUGAAGUUCUUUUGAAGGUUACUGAUGAAUUGUUUGAUGAAAUCGCAACCAAAGUUCUUGCUGAAGAUGAUCUUACUGCUGAAGUAGGUCACAAGGUUGUCACCUCAAACCUUAAGGCACCUGCUUCUCCACCCUCAGUUACAGUUCCUAAGGCAUCUGCAAAGGUUUUAGUACCAGUCAAAGAGAGGGUAGUAGAAAAUGAUGGUACCAGUGAAAAAUCUAAUUCUAGCUCUCCUGGAGAUGUUUUAGGUCUUGGAAAUUAUGGUUCUGAUGCUGAUGAUGAAGACAAUGAAAUUGAGAGUUCCAGUGUGCCAACUCCUGCAAAAGAUGCUGCUUACCAGUCAGGGAUUAAGCAACCUUUGCCAGAUACACAUGAUGUAUCUGUUAAUGGCAUUUCACAACUUCAUGAGCGUAGUAGAUAUGAAACUAAUUUUGUGAAUGCUCAGGUCAAAGCCAUGUCUAUACCAUCCAAUGAUUCUGCUUCUGAUCAAUUGCAUGAUGACAAGGUUACUAGAGUAUCCGAUCUUUCACAUUCUUCCAAAGUGGUGUCUGAAGAUCUUAGGGAUAAUGGACUUGAUGCCAUCCAAAGAAGCCAUGAUAGAUUUAAUGGCUUUAGUUCUAAAGAUACUUCAGGGAUACCAAGAUCUGAACUGCCUGGAAAGAACAUUGGUGUGGAAAAAGCAACAGAUGAUCAUUCAGGUAGGGAAAGCAGAAGAAAAUCUGAAAAAAAUGAGCGGCCUGACAGGAAUACUUCUGAGAAAGACUUUGUGAAGGAGUUAAACAGUAGUAAGACCAGGAUAGAUGAAAAAGGUCAUGAGAAUCAUAAAAGGAAGGAUGAAAGAAAUCAUAAAAGGGAAAAAGCAGAUUAUGGCAGUGAGGCAAAAGAAAGGGUGAAAGAACACCAUUUCAGGCAUGGGGAAAAGGCAAAGGAAUCAGAUUCAAGGAAAAGAUCAUCUCAUGUUGAUGUCAAGGAUGAUAAAAGGGAAGCUGAAAAAUCCCAUAGAGGUAGUACCACUGACGAUACUAGCCGGAAAAGGGAGCAUACAAAGGAUAAGGGGGAACAUAAAUCAAGGCAAAAAGAUGCAAGUAAUCCUGACAGGCAUAGGAGAAGACGUUCAUCUUCAGUAAGUAGUAGAGGUAGAACCAACAGGGAUCGUGUUGAUCAUGCUGGUAAUUCAAGUGAAGGAUCAGAUGUCUCAAAAAGGAAGCUGCAUUCAAGAAAGCGUGACUUGUCACCGUCUCCUGUCAGAUCUAAAAGAAGACAACUUUCGCGGUCUCCUCAUAGCAAGCGUUCUCAGCGCAGGCAUUCUCCCUAUUCUUCUCUUGAUUCUUCCAGGUUUGUUGCCAUUAAGUUUUGGGAAGGAGGUCAAGAUCCAGAUCACCUGUUCGGCGGCAGAGAUGAACCAUGGAAACAGAGAAGGUUGAGUUUUCAUCGUGGAGGUUCAUUCACCAAAACAUCAAUUAGGAGGAGUAGGGCGAAGCAUGGAUCUCAGGUGGAGCUAUGGUCUGUUUGGCUAUCUGGGUUUGUCUUCAUUACUCUCUCUCUCUAUGCCACUCAGAGAUUACCCUCAUUGAAGGAUCAUAGCAGAGCUUCCAAAGAUGUAAUAUCGGAUUCCACAAGUAUUACAAUAUUCACAGCUCCAAAACCCUUUAAGGGCUCUACUGGGACCAAACAGACACUUGCUGUUAGGUCAUGGCUGGCUCUGUCUCCAUAUGUUACUGUUGUUUUGUACAGUCAAGAUCCUUCCGUUGCCUCUUUUGCUGAUGUUUUUGAUUCCAGGGUUUUAGCAGACACGAACAUUGAUUUUACCUUCCUAGGUACUCCUUUUUUCCACUCCAUGAUUGCAAAAUCAAGCUCAUACAUAUCAGAUAUAUCUGUUAUCGUUGACCCUGAAACCAUUAUCCUUUCUGGAUUCAUCUCCACCCUAAACCAUGUGUAUCAACUUGAUCAUGAUUGGCUUCUUGUUGCUUCACCUCAAAAUGUUUCUUCCUUCCCAUUCCAUUUGGAUGAGUCUGGGAAACAUUGGCAGUCAAGUAAUGGGAAACGGAUGAAGAUCCAGCAGCUGCAGAAAAUACUUCAACAGAAUUGGCAGGGGAAGCGUUGUUAUACAAGAAUGCUGAUGGUGUGGAACAGCAAGGAUGUGCCUCUACAUGAUGGAGUUCUUCCUCCUUUCUUGUAUGGUAAAGGUGUACAUAACAAUUGGGUGAUUCAUGAAGCAAUGUCAUCUGAGUUCAGAUUUGUCUUUGAUGCUAGUUUCACCAUCACAAGCUUCUAUUUGACCACACAAGGAAAUUCUAGUGCUUUAGAUGUUGAGAAUAGAAAUUGGGAGUACAUUGGUAAUUCCCAUGUUGGGGCAAACUAUGGCUCAUUCUUCUACAGUGAAGAUAACUCUAACCUGGUCAAACUUUUGAAGUGCAAUAAACAGUACAUUAUGGUUGACACCAAGAAAAAUGCUGUUUAUUCAAUUGGGCACCAGGGUGCAAUAAACCUGAUGAAGGAAAAAUAUUUUCCAUCUUGGUUAAAGGAAAAUACAAUGUAUUGUGUUGAUCGUCAGAAACCACAAACUGCAUCAUUAGAUUGCUGUAUGAAGGAUCAGAUGAAAAUUUCAGCAACUCUGGAGCUUCCGUUCUCGUUAGAAUCACUCCUGUCUAUCACUGCAGACAAAAAUAAAACAGUUAUAGUUACCGUUGCUGGAUAUAGCUACAAGGAUAUGCUCAUGAGUUGGGUUUGCAGAUUACGAGAACUGUUUGUUGAAAAUUUUGUUGUGUGUGCCCUUGAUCAGGAAACUUAUCAAUUCUCCAUCUUGCAGGGAAUUCCAGUUUUCACAGAUCCAACAGCUCCAAGUAACAUAAGUUUUGAUGACUGCCACUUUGGCACCAAGUGCUUCCAAAGGGUGACAAAGGUGAAGUCAAGAAUUGUUCUAAAGAUUCUGAAGCUAGGUUACAAUGUACUUCUCAGUGAUGUUGAUGUAUACUGGUUCAAAAACCCAGUUCCCUUACUUCACUCUUUUGGCCCUGCUGUUCUUGCUGCACAGUCUGAUGAAUACAAAAAACAAGGACCAAUAAACCUACCUAGACGCUUAAACUCCGGCUUCUAUUACGCUCAUUCCGACACUCAGACAAUUGCUGCUAUAGAGAAAGUGGUAAGACAUGCAGAAACUUCUGGUCUAUCAGAGCAGCCAAGCUUCUACGACACGUUAUGCGGCGAAGGAGGAUCCAACCGCGUUGGUGACAACCAAUGUGUGGAACCUGAAACAAACCUAACGGUACAUUUCUUAGACAGAGACCUUUUCCCAAACGGGGCUUACCAAGAACUAUGGUGGGAAAUAGACGUUAAAGCAGCAUGUUUGAAGAAGGGUAGUUACAUUAUCCACAACAACUGGAUCAGUGGGAGGCUCAAGAAACUCGAGCGCCAAGUGUUGUCGGGUUUAUGGGAGUAUGAUCCUGGCACAAGAAUGUGCCUUUGGAGCUGGCAUGGCACGGUAUCAAACAGUGAAGUUAAUUUUGAGGAAAGGGUUGAUUCCUUCUUAUCAAGUCUAUGAACUUGUUUUGUCCUCACUCAAAUAAAAGCCAUUGCUUUCCCUUUGUUUGCACAUGGCACAACCUCGGAUUCAUCGCGCCAUAGAGAAAGCCGGCCAUAGGAAACUGAGAAGCAUCUAUGAUGUCUCUCUUUAAAUAAUAUCUGCGUGGCGCACGCUCUUCCGCUACCCAGCUCUAGUUUCUAAAAGAGAUGGUGAAAGAUUCAGAGAGCAUAAUAAUAAAUUUGAGGUGCAGGCUAUGCUGAAGCGUGUGGUUCAUUCGUUAGGCCGGGUGGAACACAGAGAUAAAGGUUCCAGAAGGAAGAACCAUCAGAGUCAGAGGGUGCCAUCGCCGGAAUUGUACUCACAGUCGAGGGAUUUUGUUGUGAGGAUAACUCACGCGGGUGGACAUCAGGAACUGUAUAGACAUGCAGUUCCUGCGUCUAAGUUGAUGACAAAGUAUCCAGGGAUGUGUGUUGCACGGCCAGAAGUGUUCAGAGUGCCGCAUCAAUCGGUGUUAUGGAGAGAGGAGAUUCUGGUGCCUGGUCACAAAUAUAUCCUGAUCUCGUUUAAAGACGUGGAGAAGCUGAAACGAAAAA